UAUUCUGUGAUAAGUUGGCAAAUAUUGCGGAUUCUCGUUUGGGGCUGUUGCAGACGUUACGCUUUCAAAUUCUGGAAUGAGAUGUUGAAAUUUUCCAACCUAUUUGCGUGCGUAUAUACUAUACCUUGUUGUGUGGGACGAUAAAAAUAGUUUAGUGUGUUUCCUUGGUCCUCACGCCACGGAAAUUUUAUUUCCGUGGUGUUCCGUGGACUACCAUAACGAUUUCACAAUGGCUGAAGGAGGAGCACCAUUGCGAACAAAUUCUGACGGAGAGGCAUGUCCCCGAGGAACGGCCUCAGAAGGAGCAUCCAUUCCAGAAUGUGCUGUAUGUUUACAAACAUGCGUCCAUCCAGCACAGCUGCCAUGCGGUCAUAUAUUUUGUUACCUUUGUGUGAAGGGUGUAGCUAAUCAAAGCAAGCGCUGCGCAAUGUGCCGCCAAGAAAUACCAUCAGACUUCCUUGAGAAACCCCAAUUAUUGGAACAAAAUAUUUCAGAAAAAGAAAGCCAAGGUUUUGAAGACGGCUAUCAGUGGUUUUAUGAAGGUAGAAAUGGUUGGUGGAAGUUCGAGGAGCGAACAAGCUCAGAUAUUGAGGACAUCUACCAACUCGGUGCAUCAACAUGUGAAAUAUUAAUAUGUGGGGAACUCUAUAAUAUAGACUUUAAAGAGAGUGUGCAGUAUCGAAAAAGUGACUAUAAAAAGAAGCGCAGAAUCAAACGGGACUUGAAGACAGCACAAUGCAAAGGGGUUGCUGGGCUGAGAAAAGAUCAUGAAGCGUUCAAAAAAUCAUAUAAAAAGAGUGACUGUUGGUGGCAAUAUGAUGAACGUACAAGUCGUGAACUUGAAGCAGCUUAUAAACGUGGCGAACGUAUGUGCGAACUUUUAAUUGCUGGUUUCUUGUACGUGGCUGAUUUUGAUGCAAUGUUACAACUUCGGCGAAAUGAUCCUACAAGGCGAAGGCGAAUAAAGAGAGACUUGGCAACUAUUCCUAAGAAAGGGGUAGCGGGUCUUAGGUUGGAUGGUUCACAAUCGUACGAUGACUCGGGAGAGGAGAGCCAUCGACCUAAAAGUCCAACGCAGGGAACAACAAAUGGUGCUACCACUCCUGUUCCUCCUACGAAUACUCCACAGACACCAGCUGGUGGAAUGGCCAGUGGUGACACUACUCCAGAUCGUCAUGAGUCUUUACAUCAAGCAAUUGAGCAGAUUCGUUCCUUGAGUUUGCAUGGCUAUGGUGCUACUUCUGAAAGCAGCGAGGAUGAUAGAGGAAGUGGUGAUGAAAAUCAAGAUCUUCCAGAUUUUUCAAGCGUUAUGACUGCUCCUUGGGUUCUUACGUUGUCUUCAGACGAAGACCAGUUGUGAUGAAAUUAUGAGGAAGGUGCAGUUUCCCACUGCAGAAAUCUUUAUUCAGUGUUGACUGAGUGUUCCAGCAGGUUGUUUUUGUGGGUAGUGUACAAUAACUUUUUUGUAUGUGGACACAAGGAGUGCUGUGAAUUGUAGUUUAUCAGCUUCUGCUGUUAUUUGUGACUUGUUUACCUUGUUGAAUGUUUCAGUGUUUAAAAUAUAUUAAAAAUUUAAGACUUGUACAGUAUGUCUACCUUGAUUAUUAUGAAAUCUAUUAAAUUGUGUACUUCAAGAGUAGUUGUAAAUAAUCAUUCUCCCUAAGAAUUUCCUUUGAAAUAGUUCUACUACAUUUGAGAAAGAAUUUGUAUUUAUUACAGAAUGUAAUAGUUGCAAAUAUUUUAAUCUUAAUCUUGUGUCUAUUAAGAAUUACCAAUAUAGUUUGUUAGUAACUUGGAGGCAGAAGUUAAUUGUGCAACUUUCAAGAUCGAAAUAUGUAAUUUUUUUUAAUGUUAUAAAUAUUAUUCUAUACUGAGUAAUUUUAAAACAUUUAAAACAACCAUGUCAAACAGCACAAAAAGUACUUAUAUCUAUUCC